AUGGUCUGUGAUUUGUUUGCGAUAUUUCGUCAUUAUUCUCAUCAAAAACGAUCGAGAAGAUAUCAAACUUACCGUUCUUUAACAUUUGGAGGAAGCGGUGGUGGCGGUGGUGCGAGGGAAGGCGAUGGUGGCGUGAGAGCGAAUCAUUCGAGUAAUCCUUACGUCAUUGCUGGAUUUGUAAUGACCGUCAACGCUCGGAGUUUUUGGUCAAUUCACUCCAAACACUCACGUAUUUACGCAGAAAUAACGCAGGCAAGUUCGAAUGUAGGCGUACGUCGGAUAAAAAUCGUAUCGAGUAGAGAUUUUCCGGAUACAUUAAAUGCGUGUGAACCGGUUAACGCGUCUAUUGUUAAAAUAAUUGCAAUGUUUCUUAAUGGUCUUCCCGAAAAUAUUUCCCUUGAUAUCAAUUUCGAAAUUGUGCAGGAUAAACGUAGAAGGACCAACCCAAAAGUCAUCUGGCUAACCAAAUUUAGAAAAUCUCGCAGAGAGAGUUUCAGUUCUCGCGCGAUCAUGAAUGGUUCAAGUCGUCCGAGGGUGGCAACCACGUUGACGACGCAGUUUAUCUCGGCCUUCAUGCCCACGGGAACAACUAUCGUUAAUCAAAGGCUGACUGGUAAUUCCCGUCGAGUGGUGUAA